AUGUGUACAUUGCGGGUCAAGGGGUCAGUGCAUAAACACAUAAACAAAACUCACGUCUAGUGUCGAGAAAUGCAUUGAAAGAGUGUUUGGAAAACAGUUUUAUCUCUCAUUUGAUGAAUGAAUGCCUUAAUUGUGGACUGAAUUUGAUUUACAAGUUGUCUUAAAGUGGACGCCAAAGACCAUGUCUUCGCCACCACUGCCGCCGGAGUUGAAGACGUUGUUUGCAUUCAUCGACAAAAAUGGGAACCAAUUCGUGGACCUAUUGUCCAGAGCGGUGGCCAUCAAGAGUGUGUCCGCGCAGAUGGACACCAGGGAUGAGACGAUAGAAAUGGUGCGAUGGAUGGCCCGCCAGUUGACGGACCGGGGGGUGAGUGUGGAGUUGGCGGACAUCGGUGUCGAGCAGUGGCCCGACGGACACACCCUUCCUCUGCCGCCCGUCCUAUUGGGCCAAUUGGGUGACUCGCCCCACAAGAAGACCCUCUGUGUGUACGGACACCUCGACGUCCAACCGGCCGAUCGCAGCGAUGGCUGGAAUACCGACCCUUUCGUGUUGACUGAAGUGGACGGCAAACUGUACGGAAGGGGUGCCACCGAUGACAAGGGGCCGGUCAUGGGUUGGCUCAAUGUGAUCGACGCCUACCAGAGCACCGGCACUGAUAUACCGGUGAACCUGAAGUUCGUGUUCGAAGGGAUGGAAGAGUCGGGUUCUGUCGGUCUCAACGAACUUAUUGUGGCGAAGGGACAGACGUUUCUGGCGAACGUGGACUACGUGUGCAUUAGCGACAACUACUGGUUGGGAACCACUAAACCCUGUCUCACGUACGGUCUCAGAGGGAACGCCUACUUCUACGUGGAGGUCGAGUGCGCCGCCAAAGAC